AACCAGAUACGUGUCCAUAUGAAUGUAUGCACAGAUCAGAUAGCACAGUGAAUGCUGGUCUCAACCUCCUGGAUGAUGUACAAUGUGCACCACGGGCUACCUAAUUAUCGGGGUCGCAGAGUUCAAGUAGAUAAGAACCACUCAAUCAUCAAAUCGGAGGAGAUACAAUCUAACCUUAUAUGCUGCGUGAUAUGCGGACGCAUCAUUCACCGCACCAAUAUCUUCUCCCAUAGAGCCCGUCUAUGAACAAUACGCUGCAGUAUUUGUGAUGAUUGACCAUCCUCUCGAUUACUUCGCUCGUGCUGUGGUCCAGACCCCAGUUGAUAUCCAAUAGUAUGCGAGAACAAUUUGCUACGCUGGGCAUAGCCUUGCAGCCCGCCGUAGAGGCGGCUACUGGUAACUGAAAGUGCGGCCUCAGGCAUGAAGACUUUGGAACCCGACUCUGUAGUUCAAUCUGUACCACAAAUGGCGUCCAGGAUCGCGGUCAAUGCGCUCAAGGCUUCUGCUCGGCCACGCGCCCUCCCUAGCUAUGCCCGGGCUGUCAAUGCGCGCACAAUGAGCUCGAAUCCCCCACCUGAGCAGCGUGCAGCAGAAAUUAUAAAUACCCUUCCUUCCUCGCCGAGUCUAAUCACCAAGACUGGCUCUGCAAUCCUCGGCACCGGUCUUAUUGCAACUGCUAUCUCCCAGGAGCUCUAUGUUGUGAACGAAGAGACCGUUGUUGCUGCCGGCACUUUCAUUCUUCUUGCCUACAUUGCCAAGCUUGUUCGGGAGCCAUACCGUGACUGGGCAAAUGGUCAUAUUGAACGCAUUAAGAACGUUUUGGAAAGCUCGCGAACGGAACACACUCAGGCAGUGAAGGACCGUAUUAACUCCGUCGAACAAAUGAAGGAUGUCGUUUCAUUGACUGAGGGUCUCUUUGCUCUCUCAAAGGAGACCGCUCAACUGGAGGCAGAUGCAUUUGUCCAGAAACAGAAGGUCGCUCUUGCUUCCGAAGUGAAAUCUGUUCUCGACAGCUGGGUUCGAUAUGAGCAGCAACAGAAAGAGAGCGAACAGCUUGAGCUCGCCAAGAGCGUGAUUGCCAAGGUUAUGGCUGACCUUCAGGACGAGAAGGUGCAAAAAGACAUCUUGACUAGUGCAGUCGCAGAGGUUGAGCAGCUCGUGAAAAGCAAAGCAAUCUAGAUGCAUACCAGGUGAUAGUCGAUUGUGGCUAGGUAAUUCAUGAUAGGGUAGCGUAGUUUUUCUAUAUAACUAACUUCUAUCAUCCUACGAGUACAAAUUCAUUUGUGCAGCCAUUUCAUAAACUGGAACUUUGAAAAAUUCAGCUUGAG